AUGGCGACCAAGGUGAAUGAGAAUGGCAAAAAGCCUACCUCGGCGGCGACCAACUUGGUCGCUGGCGGAGGAGCAGGCAUGAUGGAAGCGCUUGUAUGCCAUCCUCUCGACACGAUAAAAGUCCGUAUGCAGCUUUCCCGCCGCGCACGGCAACCAGGCGCACCGAAACGAGGCUUCAUCAAGACCGGCGCCGAGAUCGUGAAGCGCGAGACACCGCUAGGUCUCUACAAGGGGUUAGGCGCGGUGCUCACGGGAAUCGUGCCCAAGAUGGCGAUCCGGUUCACAUCGUUUGAGGCGUACAAGCAAAUGCUAGCAGACAACAACGGCAUCGUCUCGGGCAAGGCGACCUUUCUGGCGGGUCUGGCGGCGGGUGUCACCGAGGCCGUGGCCGUCGUCACCCCCAUGGAGGUCAUCAAGAUUCGGCUGCAGGCGCAACACCACAGCAUGGCCGACCCGCUCGACAUACCAAAGUAUCGCAACGCCGCGCAUGCCCUCUACACGGUGGUCAAGGAGGAAGGCGCCGGCGCCCUGUACCGCGGUGUUUCUCUGACCGCCCUGCGUCAGGGCAGUAACCAGGCCGUCAACUUUACCGCUUACACAUACUUCAAGGAGGCCCUAAGGCGCUACCAGCCCCAGUACGAUGGCGGAAACCUGCCUGGCUGGCAAACAACCGUCAUCGGUCUUGUCAGUGGUGCCAUGGGUCCUCUGAGCAAUGCCCCCAUUGAUACCAUCAAGACGAGACUGCAAAAAAUGCCAGCAGAACCCGGUGUCAGCGCCAUGCAAAGAAUCACCAAGAUUGCCGGAGAAAUGUUCAAGCAAGAAGGCUUCCACGCAUUCUACAAAGGCAUUACACCCAGAAUCAUGCGUGUCGCCCCUGGCCAGGCCGUGACAUUUACCGUAUAUGAAUACCUCAAGGACAAGUUGGAGCGAAGCGGGCCCAGCAAGUUCUUCGGCGGCAAAUACGAGGAGUAG